AUGAAGGCCAACACCCUCGUCAUCGUGGCCGCCUGCGCCCUCGCCCAGACAGUCGCCGGCGGACCCAUCACUCCUCUCUCCAAGGUCGCCAGCGCCACCAACACCACCAUCGCCGCCAACACCACGAACACCACCGCCAACACCACAAACACCACCGCCCCUACCACCCUCGACAAGAGCAAGGAACUCCCCUUCCUCACGACCCUCAAGAGCAGCAAGAAGCUGCAGGACUCGAUCCUGCCCAAGAUUGGCAGCAACAUCGACCUCGGCAAGGCCAACACAAUGCAGGACCUGAUCGGCGAGCUGUCGGACGCCGAGCUCGCCCGCCUCACGUCCGUCUUCGACGAGCAGGACAUGGCCCGCCUCACCACCAGCGGCUUCGACGAGGCCGACCUCGCCAAGCUCGCCAGCCUGCCGGCUCUCGCGCCCGCCCCGGCCCCGGCCCCUGCCACCUUUCUUUCGGCUCCCGCGUCCGACAGGGAAAAGUUCGUCAAGGACAGCAGAGACUUCGGCCACGCCCUCGCCGGGAUAUUCGAGGAAGCCAGCAACGACAAGGAGGAGCAGAUCAUCUUCGACAACGUCCUCAGCUUCCUCGGCCUCGAGGUCGGCGACGUCUUCGACCUGGCCAAGGUGGAAGGCGCCCUGCUGGAAAAGAUGUCGGAGGACGUUGUCGAAGACGUCCCCGGCUAUGAGAACGGUCGCGAGGCUGCUGUCGUCAAGAGGGGCGAGCCGAAGGCGAAGAAGGGCGAGGGGAGUAGGUGGACGAGGAAGGGCAAGAACAUCUGCCCCUAUGACCGUGAGGACUUGACUGGCUGCCAGCGGCCUUCGGCGCACGACGACCACCAGCAGCUCUACGACGACGCUGUAAGGUUCAUUGCGCAGUGGGAAAAGGAUUACAAGGAGCAGGAGGAAAUCACGCAGAGGCUGUUUGAGAAGGAGCAGCGCGAGGAGCGCGAGGCCAUGGAGAAGGCCAAGAAGAAGACAGCUUGA